AUGGAGGGCCUCAACAUCUCCGAGCUGGUCGAAAGGCUCGGAAGCGAGGAAGAUGCUGUGCGCAAGAUGGCAGUCUUUAAGCUGCAAGGAAGCAUUGGCGAUCCAUCCUUUGCAGACAUCUUCAUCGCCGAAGGUGGACUUGCCAAGUUGCGCUACCUUACCCUCCACGCGACGGGAAACACAUUGGCAUACACUCUGACGAGCUUUGCGCGCCUGCUGGAGGUAGAUAAGGGAUGGGAAUACGUUGAUCAGGAAUUGGUCGAGAGGAUCGUCGAGCUAAUUGUCACUCACCCCCUGGUCAACAUCCUUCGUGGAGCCAUGUCGAUACUCGUCUCUAUAGUCUCCCGCCCUCAUACCUCUGGUCGAUCGUCACAGCCUGGGCUAUUCGGUUUCCGGGCUCUGAAACCGGCGAUCGCGAUCUACCCGCAAUUCCUCGAAAUGCUUGUCAGCAGGCUUUCUUCUGCCGACCAUGCACUGUGCGCUAACGCCUUGCAAUUGAUCAAUUCGCUGAUGCGAGACUCGAUCACCAACGAAGACGAGACGGAAUGGCCCAAGUUCAUCAAGCGAUUGCAAGACCUGGGUGUGAUCCGAGCCGUUUACGUUCUGAUGCAGGGGACCGCGCUGCAAGAUCAUGCACACCCUCUGAUCGAGUUCCAAUCCCUCACCAAACUACUGCUGAGAAAGUGGAGGAACGUUCCCGUAGAUCUGGAGAAGCCGGAUCACAGAAGAGCGCUGAAAGGAAUCCACCUGGCGAGUAACCCUGAGAAGGCUACGGAUAAAAGCUCGGAGAAUGGCGACGACACACGGCGGUCUCGAAGGCAUAAUCCGGAGAAAUGGAGGCGACUCGGGUUUGAGACGGAAACUCCUGCCACCGAAUUCCAGGAGAUGGGCUUUCUCGGGAUGAUGGACCUGACAGACUACGUGAGGAAGCACCAGGAUGAGUUCCAGAAGAUGCUUCUUGAACACUCCACCAAACCGCCGGAGCAGCGAUGUCCCAUUGCACGAGCGUCGUUGGCCAUCACCUCCGUUCUCUACGAGCAUUUCGAGGUAGACAAGUGUGUUACGGAAGAUGCCAAAAGCUACCUCGUCCUCGAGUCCCGAUCCAAUUUAGACAAAGUGUUUAAGCCCUUACUGCUGCACUGGUCCCGACUCCACGUUGCUGGACUUCAUGCCUUCUUUCGCCUGUGGAAAGCCACCGGGGCAGAUGUGAAUGACUUUGAUAAGAUCGUCGAGCUGGUGCGCAUUCUCAUUGAAUCGGUCGUUGGAGGUGCAUCUCGCACAAAGGAUAUUCAAGAUGUGGAGGAGGAAUUAGCAGACUUUGAGUACCAGCGCCUGCGGGAACUCCAGAUGGAGCUUCUGGAGCUCACGUACGAAGACGCUUGGGGACAGCAUUUACGCCAAUCGGAAGGAGCUGGAGCUAAACCGGACUCGAAGCGUUCGGCGCCUGGGUCGUACAAAUACGUGCAACUGUCCCAUAAUCGCAGAUACCUCCAUUUUGCUGAUUUUGACUCUAUUCAAGACACUCCUCCGUCCUUGGACGCUCUUCCUAACAAGAUCGACUUGUCCAUUGUCUCGUCUGUAGUAUCUAAUGUCACCGCUUCGCCGGAUGAUUCUUCAGGCUCGACAAUCAAAACGCUUCCCCAUCAAUCGUCAUCCACCAAAAUUACGAUUCACGGUUAUGCCCCGUCAUCAGGCUCUCAUUCCGGCGCUCCACAAAAGGGUCAAGGCCAUAAUCGCUCGGGCAGCAGGUCGACCCAGAAAGAAAUCCCUCUCCUGACGCUUCGCCCGCAAUCACACGCCGUUGCCUCGGAAUGGCUGGACGGUCUGCUUAUGCUCCUUAACCAACAGCCAAUUACCGCAGAGACCAACAAGCUGGUGAAUCUAAUCAGCAACUAUGGACUGAAGAUUCGCCUCCUUAACGUACGAUUCGACGAAGCCGCCUUCGUUGGAGAGCCUCCAAAGGUUCCCAGCCGAGAGGGACUCGAUGAAGACUAUUAUUACGAUAUCUUCGGGGGCGCUUAG